AUGACUCAAGCUGUUAAUUCAGUAAUUGAUUUAAUGAGAGUUGAGGAUGUAUCUUAUACUCAAAAUUAUGAUCUAUUGAAAAGUUUAAUUAUUAGAAAAUAUAUGAACUCCAAAAAGAUUAGAGAAUUCGGAAUGUAUUUUUUUAUUGAAGUUUUCAACUUCAAAUAUAAUUCACGACAUCCUGACUCCCGAGUUGAUAAUCGCAUUAUCAGAAAGGCUGCUACCGAUUUUUGGAAAACACAAUUAGAUUCAAAUGAAAGAUUGUUAUAUACACAGUAUGCUAAUCGGUUGAAAUCAGAAAAUGAAAGAAUAAAUUUCAGAAGAAAUGAUCUUAGUUCAAUUAUGAUCGAUGGCACUCCUCCCCUGGGCGGCGGGCAUUCAGAUGAAAAUGGAAGCGAACCUGAAAGCGAUUUUCGCAAUCCUCUAAUUGAUGGAAGUAACUUUGAAUAA